UGGAUGUGGGAUUCCGAUGUAUAUUGACUAAAGAAGUUAAGAAGCGCUUAGGCUCAGUCUCAUGUUUCCCUUCCCACCACACACAACUCUACUACUUACUCCUAGUCGUAUUCAUUCGAGUCAUUUCCCUACACAAGAGGUUGCAGAUGGCAGCAAAUCACAGCGAAGCCUGGGAUGGGCGUUCAGUGAGUAGCACAAACCAACUUGCAUUCGUCGCCACAAAACACGAUCCAGACGCGGAGCGGAAAGUUUCGUUAUUCCCGACGAAUGAUCCUCGACUUCGAUUUUCUGUAGCCAAUAUGUCUAAUCAGAAUUUCGCAGGGCUGCAGAGUCCUCCCACUUCCCAACAAGGAGGGAUUCCUUGGAGACAGGCGGAUUCGGAGAGCGUUCACACCUCCUUUGAAGAAGAUUGGAAUCCUCGGCCAGCUAUGCCCUCAACCAAGUUCCAUUUCACCGACUGUACUUUUGCGGAAUCACAUGUAGUUAAUGGAGAUGUGGUUAAAGAUGUCUCGCAGCAACGCACGCUAUCCAACACACAAUAUCAUUUUGAGAAGUCGAAGUUUGAAAAUAAGAGCCAGGCUGUGAAUGGGGAUAUAGAAGGGGAUGUUUAUCUGAAGAUUGUGGACAUUUACAACAAAAAAAACAGCAGCAGCAGCAAUAACAGUUAAGCAACAUCGAGUGGAGGGGCUUUAUCCCUCCUUGUAUGUCACCACGAAUUAUGGAAUGGGUUUAUUGGGGGUGCGGGAGAGAGAAGAUACUCGCGAGAAAGUAGCAGUAGAACUAGGACUGCUGCCCUUGACAUGUGUGGGCAGAAAGUAUUAGAUGAGUUAGAGCUAUACAAGAGCUAAAGACAGGCACCAGCUCUUUCCCUUUCUGUUGAUAGGAUUCAAGCUAUCUGGAUGUGAAUAAUAAUUCUGUUACAGGAUUACUUAGAGCAAGUAGCCGAAGGAUCCUCAUUAAGGUUGCUGGCCGAAAUCUCCUAUCAAUAUUAUGUAUGUUCGCAUAUCCAGGCUGCGUAUUGAUUCG